AUGGGUUUAUUUGGCGCAUUAGCAGGAGUUGCAUCCAGAUUUUUACCCGCAGUGGGAACAAUAGCCAGAGGUGUAUUUGGGGUUGGAAGGAAGAUUUUGAGUACAUUAGGUAUACUGAAAGAGAAAGCACAACCUAUUAUACAAACUGUACAGAAAGGUUGGGAUGUAGCACGAGAUGCAACAAAUCUUAUUCCAAAUCCUGAAACAAGAGGAAAAGUUCAAGGAUGGAUGGACAAUGUAGGAAGACAAGCAGGAAACUAUUAUAACAAAGCAAAUGACUACUAUAACCAAGCAAAUGACUACUAUAACCAAGCAGGACACUAUAUGGACCAAGGUGAAAGAUUCUUUAACAGAGGAUAUAACCAUGCACAACAAUGGGUAAACAAUAACCAACCUCAACCGCCUCAAACGUGGGGAAUGUAA